AUGUGCCCUGUUCCUGUAGCUGUAGGGGUUUUUGGUGAAGUAGUAUGAACAAGAACAAGAACAAACAAAAGAAAAAGAGGUGAGAGAAAAGUUGUGGGAAGCCUAGCUAAGGUAGCUCAAAUCAAAGUCUGAAAAGAAAUAAAGCCCAUAUUGUUUUAGGUUGGUUCCACACCAGGAGCUUAUCUUAACCAUUGCAACAAGUGGCUUGCACUGUGCAAACAUUUGAGUGAUAAAGAAUAAUGAGCAACACUAGCUCCAGUAUAGGUUCUGUUAGUGGAACUGCUACGAGGACAUUUGAGUUUGGAAGGACCCAUGUGGUCAGGCCCAAAGGGAGGCACCAGGCUACUAUAGUUUGGCUACAUGGCCUUGGUGAUAAGGGCUCAAGCUGGUCCCAGCUCUUGGAAACCCUUCCUCUUUCAAAUAUAAAAUGGAUUUGCCCCACUGCUCCUACUCGGCCAGUACGAUUAUUUGGUGGAUUUCCUUGCACUGCUUGGUUUGACGUAGGAGAUUUUUCAGAAGACGCCCCUGAUGAUUUGGAGGGAUUAGAUGCUUCAGCAGCACAUGUUGCCAACCUAUUGUCAACAGAGCCUGCUGAUAUCAAACUUGGUGUUGGGGGCUUCAGUAUGGGUGCUGCAACUGCACUCUAUUCUGCUAUAUGCCUUGUUUCAGGAAAUUAUGGGAAUGGAAACCUUUAUCCUGUCAAUCUAAGCGCAAUUGUUGGUCUAAGUGGCUGGCUCCCAUGUUCAAGGAACUUGAGGAACCGAAUGGAGGGAUCACAUGAGGCAGCAAGGCGUGCAGCAUCAUUACCCAUUUUUCUCUGCCAUGGCCUAGGUGAUGAGGUGGUUGCAUAUGAACAUGGGAAGAGAUCAGCGGAGAACUUAAGUUCUGCUGGAUUUCGAAAUCUUACAUUUAGAACUUACAAUGGGUUAGGUCACUAUACAAUUCCUGAAGAAACUGAUGAAGUUUGUAAUUGGCUGACUGCGACUUUGGGGCUCGAUGGAUCCCAGUCGUACUAGAGGGGCAAGCUGGAAGCUAAGCAUACAAAAUAAGGGUUCAAAGUGGUACUUAGAAUAGAUGGAGUUUAUCAUAUGAUUAAUUAGUAGAAAGGCUGAGUUCCUAUUCCUAUGUGAUCUCUCUUAAAUAAAAAUUUUAACCGAGUCUCUUUGUAUUUGGUUUGUUGGUCACUAAAGGUUUUGUGUUGUUUUUAUUAUAUUAUUAUUAUUUUCU